GACCACAGUUAUAUGGGUUUCCUGCCCUUUGGGUGUUAUGUAGGUUUCCAGCACAUUGGCCCUUAUGAGUCAAGUAUAAAAACAAGCAGGAAGCCUCUUAUGAGACAUUUCUACUUUAUGUGACACCAUCUACCUGCCACUAAGCUUAGGGAAUCAUUCUACUGAUUAUUAAAGUCUGAUAAUGGAAGAUUUUCAGGUUGAAAUUCCAGAAAUUGAAUUUCCCGAAAUGGAAUUGGAGAUGGAGGAAGGGGCUGAUAUGGAGGUAGGGGAUGAGAAUAUUGAGGACAUAGAAGUGGGAGAAUUUGAGAGUCAAAAACCAUCUCGUCCAAAAGUUCGAAAUCCAAACCGUCGAGCCCCACAAAAGAGUGAAGGUCCCCGCAUAGUUCAGGUGAAGGUGAAAGACUACUUACGCUGCUCUGUGCUCACUCUCACCUUCUGCAACGUCAUGUUUCUGGGUACGGCUGCAUUGAUCUGCUCCCUACAGGCACUGAAAAGGAAGUUCAAGAGAGAUGUUAAAGGUGCCAGGAAGUUCAGCUGCUGCGCUUUGUUUGCAAAUAUUGCCGCAGUCAUCUUGACCAUCAUCACUGUUAUUAUUGUUAUAGUUCUCAAAAAUGAAUAUUUUACUAAUUGCAUGUAAUUAAUUCAGACUCAUCUGUUAAAGAUAAAAGUAAACCUUGCUAUCUAAAUAAUAAUCUGGUAAAGAUGACAAAUUACAUUUAAAACAUAAAGCAUUAUAUGCAAUUACCUCAUCAUUCAUUUGUGCUGUUAUGAGUCUCUACAGUUUAGUCUGAUUUUGAAGCAACACUAGGGUUCAUUUAGAUCAGUAGCAUAUUCCGCACAAGUUGUGUCUGCAUAUUGCACUGAAGACAAAGAAAGAAAGCCUCAACCUAGGAUGUUGAACUUAAAUGUUAACAUUUUAUAGUGUUGAGACAUCAAACUGCCAUGAUUCUUUGUGAUUUGUAUGUAACUUGUAUAUUAAUUUACUUGCUUUACAUUCUACCUUAUGUCGGCUUUCAUUAUAGUCAAGACCCAUCCACACAAGUGGUUUCCCAGCAGUUAACUGAAUCAAGAUCCUCUAUUGAAGAGAGUCUGAGUAUCUCGAGGCCUUUUCUGACAUGCGCUUC